AGUCUCGCUUCCUGUUGGGCUGCGGCGGCUGUCAGGAAGCCCGACUUGGCUGAAGUGAGUGAAGCCCUGUUUAAGUAUCGCCCCAAUUCGUAAAGAUGAGUGAGGAACACUACCUGGAGCUGUGCGAGAACCCGGUGCAGUUCGAGCACGCGUCCAGCGUCAACAACGUCUUCUUCGAUGAGGCGAACAAGCAGGUGUUCGCAGUUCGUUCAGGUGGGGCUACAGGUGUGGUGGUCAAAGGCCCGGAUGACAAGAGCAGCGUUGCCUUCAGGAUGGAUGAUAAAGGAGAAGUAAAGUGCAUUAAGUUCUCCAUUGGAAAUAAGAUCUUAGCCGUUCAGAGAACUUCAAAGUCAGUGGAUUUUAUCAACUUCAUACCCGACUAUCCACACACAGAAUUCACCCAGGAAUGCAAGAUGAAGAACGCCAAUGUUCUGGGGUUCUGUUGGACAAACUGGAACGAGAUUGUCUUCAUCACCGACCAGGGAAUUGAAUUCUAUCAGGUGUUUCCUGACAAACGCAAUCUGAAGCUGCUAAAGAGUCAGAGCAUUAACGUGAACUGGUACCAGUACUGUCCAGAGACCGCUGUCAUCCUGCUGUCCACCACGGUGCAGGGAAACGUCCUGCAGCCCUUCGCCUUCAGGAAUGGGACCAUGUCUAAGAUGUCCAAGUUUGAGAUUGAGCUGCCAGUCGUCCCCAAACCAGCCAAACUCAGUCUGUCGGAGAGAGACGUUGCCAUGGCAACGAUCUACGACCAGUUGUAUGUGAUGUACCUGAAGCAUCACUCAAGGUCAGCCAACAGCCCCAGUGCAGAGGUGGUUCUCUAUCACUUACCCAGGGAAGGAGCCUGUAAGAAGAGUCACGUGUUGAAGCUGAACACUACGGGCAAGUUCGCCCUGAACAUCGUGGACAACCUGGUGGUGGUUCAUCAUCAGAGCUCCCAGACAUCGCUGAUCUUUGACAUCAACCUGAAGGAGUCGGACUCUGUCAACACACACCAGCCUGUCCUUCCUGCCAGGUCCAUUCACCCCUACAGGAUACCACUGUCAGGUCCAGCAGUCGUCCCCUCUCAGCCUCCGGUACCAUGUCAGCUCUACUCGUCGUCCUGGAGCGUCUUCCAGCCUGACAUCAUCAUCAGCGCCAGCGAAGGCUACCUGUGGUACCUGCAGGUGAAGCUGCCUCCAACCGUCAACCUGCUGCAGGACAAAGGCAAACUGAUGGACUUCCUGCUACGACGGAGAGAGUGCAAGAUGGUGAUCCUGUCCGUCUGCUCACAGAUUCUGGAGGGUGGAGGGUUUGGAAAUCUGCCUGUGGUGGCGACUGUGUUCGACAAACUCAACCAGGUGUAUAAAGAUUAUUUGGAGGCAGAGCAGAGCUACACGGUGACAAUGGAGUCUGGUCCAAGUCGAGGCAGCGCAGCUCAGAAACGUCCGGUCAGGACUCAGGCUGUCAUCGACCAGUCGGACAUGUACACACACGUCCUGUCAUCUUUCACAGAGAGAAAGGGGGUGUCUCAUAAGUUCAUCAUUGCCGUCCUGAUGGAGUACAUCCGCUCUCUGAACCAGUUCCAGAUCACGGUCCAGCACUAUCUGUACGAGCUGGUGAUUAAGACGCUGGUGCAACACAACCUGUUCUACAUGCUGCACCAGUUCCUGCAGUAUCACGUGCUCAGCGACUCCAAACCGCUGGCCUGUUUGCUUCUGUCCCUGGAGAGUACGUAUCCUCCUGCCCACCAGCUCUCACUGGACAUGCUGAAGCGUUUGUCCACAGCCAAUGACGAGAUCGUAGAGGUUCUGCUGUCGAAGCAGCAGGUUCUGGGAGCGCUCCGGUUCAUCCGCAGUGUUGGUGGACACGACAACGUGUCAGCCAGGAAGUUUCUGGAUGCAGCGCGUCAGACCGGAGACCAGAUGCUGUUCUACACUGUGUUCAGGUCGUUCCAGCAGAGAAACCAGCGUCUGAGAGGUAGCCCCAGCUUCAAUCCUGGGGAGCACUGUGAGGAGCACGUCACCCACUUCAAGCAGCUGUUUGGGGAGCAGGCGCUGAUGAAGCCUUCUACUGUGUGAACCACAUGGACCGAGACGUCGCUGAGCCCAAGUGUGUUUCAUCCAGAACUCAGAAAUGUCUCCAUGUGUUUCCACAAGUGAAACUUCUCUGCCUGAUGUGACCACAUCGAUCCCCUUAAGCUACAGGUGUCAAGCUAAACAUCUACAAAGCUUCAGUAUGUCCUGCAGGAUCCUUCUGCUGAUGCAGGAGAUCAGACGUGGAAAAAAUAAACAUGUAAAGAUGAGCUCAUUAAUAGUGUAUUAUGUUGUUAUGAUAAUCAGAACGUGACAACGUGGGAUAUUAAUGUGAACUGACACAGUUCAAGAUGCUCAGCUGAUGUCAGCUCUGUACAUAUGACUAAUGGAACAUGUUAAUUUUGUAAGAGAAAGAAUAAAAUGCUGUAACUGGCA